UCAAUGUCAAUCCAUUUCAGUAGGCAGUCAGAAAAUCGGUCGAAUAAUCUUUUGGUGGUUUGCUUGAAAAAUCUGGAAUAAUAACCUAAUUUUUCUUUUUGUUAUAAAUAUUAAAUGAAAGAAAAUAUAUUUCUCAUUGAAAUAAAAUUACAGGUUGUCAAAAAUGCACUUCUUUAGGUUAGUUCUGAGGUCCAAUACGUUUCAUAAUCAGAAACUUACUUCUUCACUAGUCCGGAACUUUUCGCUAUGCAAAUCUUUAGAACCAGAAGGGAAGCUGUUCGCUAACUCAGUGUUAGCGCCAAUCCGCAGUAGUGCUUUUUGCAGUUGUAAUGUGAACUAUUCCCCGCCACUGAGAUCUUGGACUGCUAGGUUAUAUUCGACAGCGAAAAAGGGAGACCCACCAGAAGAAGAUUCAGAGAUAACAGACGAAACUCCGUUAUUUUCAAAUCAACUGCCAGCUACCGUAGCAGUGCCUGAAGUGUGGCCGCAAGUGCCUGUCAUAGCCAUCAACAGAAAUCCAGUGUUUCCAAGAUUCAUCAAGUUGAUAGAGAUCUCCAACCCAGCAUUAAUAGACCUAAUAAGACGCAAAGUAAAACUCAACCAACCCUACAUUGGAAUAUUCUUGCGUAAGAAAGAAGAUGAAAAAUCUGAUGUUGUGUCAAAUUUAGAUGAUUUACAUCAAGUGGGAGUGUUCGCUCAGAUACAUGAGAUGCAAGAUAUGGACUACAAGUUGAGGCUAGUGGUGAUGGCUCAUCGCAGGAUAAGGAUAACGGGCCAGUUCAUUGAAGAUGAGAUUGAGACAGGACCAGCUGAAAUGAGGCUCAAAUUUCCGCUUUUUAAUGUGGAGUUUGACGUUACCCGUGAAGAGACAGAUGCGGAGCGACGCCGGCGCAAGUAUCGCAACACGAGGAAACAGAAGACUGAAGAAGAGAAGCCUCAGGAAGCAAAGAAGCAAACUCCGGACCAGGUCAUGAUGGUGAAGGUGGAGAAUGUGAUGCAUGACAAGUUUCAGCAGACUGAGGAAGUGAAGGCUUUGACGCAGGAAGUCAUUAAGACCAUUAGGGAUAUCAUCAAUUUGAACCCCUUGUACAGAGAGUCUCUCCAUCACAUGUUGGCCCAAGGGCAGCGGGUCGUGGACAACCCGGUGUACCUCAGUGACCUGGGGGCCGCGCUGACCGGCGCCGAGCCCAGCGAACUGCAGGCCAUCCUCGAGGAGAUGGAUAUACCCAAAAGACUGAUGAUGUCUCUUUCGCUCCUUAAGAAAGAGUACGAAUUAUCGAAGCUUCAGCAGAAAAUCGGCAAAGAAGUAGAGGAAAAAGUGAAGCAACAACACAGAAAAUACAUUUUACAUGAGCAACUUAAGGUGAUAAAAAAAGAACUGGGCUUGGAGAAGGACGACAAAGAUGCUAUCGGGGAUAAGUUCCGCGAACGACUCGCGGACAAAACUGUGCCGAGCGCCGUGCAGACCGUCAUCGACGAGGAGCUCAACAAACUCAACUUCCUCGAGAGCCACAGCUCCGAGUUCAAUGUGACUCGUUGCUACCUGGACUGGCUGACCUCCCUGCCGUGGGGUAUCACCUCCGAAGAGAACUUGAAGUUGGAAGACGCACAAGUAAUCCUGGACGAAGACCACUACGGUAUGGAGGACAUCAAGAAGAGGAUAUUGGAGUUCAUAGCGGUGUCGCAGCUGAAGGGCAGCACGCAGGGCAAGAUCCUCUGCUUCCACGGGCCGCCCGGGGUCGGCAAGACUAGUAUAGCCCGUUCUAUCGCGCGCGCGCUCAACCGCCAGUACUUCCGUUUCUCUGUCGGCGGCAUGACCGACGUAGCGGAGAUCAAGGGACACAGACGGACAUACGUGGGAGCCAUGCCGGGGAAGCUGGUGCAGUGUCUGAAGAAGACCAACACGGAGAACCCGCUGGUGUUGAUAGAUGAGGUGGACAAGAUUGGCAAGGGCGUACACGGCGACCCAUCCUCAGCUCUGCUCGAACUGCUUGACCCGGAACAGAACGCGAACUUCCUGGAUCAUUACUUGGACGUCCCAGUGGACUUAUCCCGAGUGCUGUUUAUAUGUACUGCCAAUGUUGUGGACCAGAUACCGGAGCCUCUGAGGGACAGGAUGGAGCUCAUUGAUAUGUCAGGCUACGUAGCAGAGGAGAAGCUGGCCAUCGCCCAGCAAUAUCUCCUGCCGGCCGCGCGCAAGAACUGCGGGCUGGAGUCCGCGCAGCUGGAGCUGACGGCGGGCGCUCUGCACGCCCUCAUCAAGUCCUACUGUCGGGAGAGCGGCGUGCGCAACUUGCAGAAACACAUCGAGAAGAUCGCGCGUAAAGUAGCGUUCAAGAUCGUGAAACAGGAGGCAGAUUCAUUAACGGUGACGGAGGACACCCUGGCGCAGCUGCUGGGCAAGCCCACGUUCAAGCACGACCGCAUGUACGAGCGCACGCCGCCCGGCGUCGUCAUGGGGCUGGCGUGGACCGCCAUGGGCGGCAGUACCUUAUACAUCGAGACAGCAUUACGUCAUUCGUUACAAGACGAGAAAUCCCCGCUGGGGUCGCUGGAGCUGACGGGCCACCUGGGCGACGUCAUGAAGGAGUCCGCGCGCAUCGCGCUCACCGUCGCCCGCAACUAUCUUGCGCGGCUGCAGCCCGACAACAAGUUCCUUGCUACUAGCCACAUCCACCUCCACGUGCCGGAAGGCGCGACCCCCAAAGACGGCCCGUCGGCGGGCUGCACGAUCGCGAGCGCGCUGGUGUCGCUGGGCACGCGCCGCGCGCUGCGCCGCGACCUCGCCAUGACCGGCGAGAUCUCUCUCACCGGCCGCGUGCUGCCCGUCGGCGGGAUCAAGGAGAAGAUCAUUGCGGCAAAACGAGUGGGUGUGAAAUGCGUGAUUCUGCCAGAAGAGAACCGGCGAGACUUCGACGACCUCCCAGACUUCAUCAAGACAGACAUCGACGUGCAUUUUGUGAACGACUACGACGACGUAUACAAAGUGGCUUUCGGCGAUCAACAGCACCCCAUUGUGGAGACCCUGCACGGAGAGAAUGUUUACGCUUCCCAAGCAUAAAGGGCCUCAUUGCCGUAAGAGUAUCUCAAUUUCGAAAAUAGGCACAAGUCAGUACUUUAAACUGUUGUUACUAUGAGCGUGUGUUUCUAUGAAAAUGUAUAUGGUGCGGCCGAAUAAUUUUUGUUAGUAAAUAUUUAUUCAUUUAAUGCGCGAAGAAUUAGCGAUCUUUAGUGAUUUCAGAGCUACAUUUAUUUUGUUGCCUUUUUUAAUGUCUACUGUGUUUUGCUUUAAAUAUUUUCACCUAAUAACAAAAAAAAAAAACAA